AUGUCAGAAGAAGAAAAAAAGACGAGCUAUCAUCUAUUGUUUGAUGAAGAUACAGGCGAAUUGACGCCAAAGACUGAGAAGAUUUUAAGAGCUAUAUUUGACAACUUUGAUAAAGACAAGGAUGGCAAAUGGAAUUUGAAAGAAAUUCAAGAUUUUGCCACAGCUACCAAUGGUCGUCCUUUUGAAGACUCUGUGAUUGAUGAAAUUAUCGAAUCCUUUGAAGUAGAUGACAACAAUAACCUAUUGUUUUCAGGAUUCUAUCAAAUGUACUACAUGCAAACAGUUUCUGAACCAGAAGAAACAUUAAAAGAUUUUCAAAAGCAUGGCUACGAUGAUAACUUAGAAUUAGUAGCUUCGCGUACAGAACAAGAAUAA